CAAGGUUGUUCAUUUCUGACCCCCUGGUGUGGCUGGGAGAGGGCCAUUAAUGGAAAGUAGUCACAAAUUAAUACCACAUAUAUGGACUGCAAGCAGGCCUUGACUAAUCCAACUUUACUUUUAGAUAAACAUAAAAAUCCUUGCUAGUCAUGGACCACAGCUGGCCUACCGCCCCCACAGCACCGACGGGGAACAAAGUUCCAGAUUCCCAACAAGCUGACUCCCUGGACCACCUCCCGCGCAGUUUUGCAAUGGCAGGCUCUGAUGAAAUAUCUGCAUAUGCACGUGCUGCUUACAUGGGAGGAGCGGCAACACAUGGAGGGGCGGGAAACUAUGCCGUGCAGCGACAGCAGAAUCCUCAACAUUUUCCUUAUCACACAGGAAAUGCAAAGUCGCAAGGUUAUGUCCCACUACCAGGAAUGCAGCAUUUUGGUGCCCCCCUUCUCCAAGACUAUUAUAAGUAUGGCAGACCCAAAGAAGGUGACCCGAGGUCAGAGGUCAAUCCAAGGUCAGAACUCGCAUCAAGAUCUGAUCUAAUGCAGAGACCAAGCACAAUUUCCAGACCAGAUUCUAUGUUGAGACCAGAGUCAAUGCAAAGGUCAGAUGUCAUUUCAAGGUCAAAUAUGCUACAGAGGUCAGAUGUGAUGCAGAGGCCAGAUGUUAUAUCAAGGUCAGAUGCUCUGCCAAGGUCAGAGGUGAUGCCCAGAUCCAUGCCAAGGGCAGAGGCUGUAAUGAGGUCAGAUGUUCUGCCAAGAUCAGAGAUUCUGUCAAGGUCAGAGAUUCUGUCAAGGUCAGAGAUGCUGUCAAGGUCAGAGACAGGCAUAAAACAAGAGGACACACAAAGGCUGGAUGAUAUAAUGAGGGCAGAAUCUAUUCCGAGAUCUGAAAUAGUAGCGAGCCCUGAAGACAUCCCCAAGUCUGACGAAGUUCUGAGAGUUGCUCGAUCAAAGCCGGUCUUUCCAGGGACUAACCUUGACCUUCAAGUGACCCCACAAGGACAAGGACAGGACAGGCAGGAAGUAAUCAAGAAGGAAGAGAGCAGGGGUAACCUGAAAGAUGAAACCAACCCGGGUCCCUUCAGCUGUGUCGUCUGCUCCAAGAGUUUCCAUAAAAAGGAAAAAUUAUAUGAUCACCAUGUGAAAGAUCAUGGGGUAGGGGUUGACACUUCAAGUGACAAAUCACCAGGAGAAAAUAUAUUUGACUGCGAUGUCUGCUUUAAAACUUUUCAGAAAAAAGCACGACUUUAUGAACAUCGGAGAAGGGUUCAUAAGCUUCGAUCCAACCAAAAAGCUUCCGAUUCUUUGGAAAUUCUGGCUGACGUAUCGCUUGCUAUUGGUGAAAGUAAAGCCAAGCCAGGAGAAAGUCCAAAGAAUCCCAAGGGGCCGAAAAAGAAGAAAGCAAGACCAAGUUCUCUUACAAAUCAAGUGUUUGAGUGCCCCGUAUGUAACAAAACUUUCCAAAAGAGAGAACGCCUCAAAGAGCACAGAAAGCGUGUUCAUACUGACAGGAAGUACAAGUGCACAGAACUCAAUUGUAGCUACGCUGCCAAAACUAAAAGAACUUUACGGGAACAUUUCAAAAAUCUCCAUGAGGAUCAUCCAUUUAAAAGAUCACCGAGGAAGCCUCGUAGUAGUGCACUAGAAGGCCAGGGGAUGGUUGGAGGUGCGGAGUUGAGACCGAAAUCAGAGGUCAAACCAGAAAAUGCUGUUAAAAACAUAGCUGCCAUGACAGCUUCACCAUCUUCAUCUUCUUUGUUUGCCUGUUCCGUUCCGGGGUGUUCUUUUGAAGGACUCUCAGUGCUUCAACUUCGGCAUCACAUGGUGUAUAAACACACCCAAACAGGGCCCAAGUCCGAUUCCUACAGUGAAGAAAACAAAGAUGUCUCCCCAACGAAGCAUUUCUGCGGAGUCUGUGGUGAAGUGUUUCAGUCGGAGCAACAGUACAGGAAGCAUCUGCGAAGGGCGUCCAUUGUUCCAGUCGGCCGACAACCUCCCACUGCCAUCUAUAGGUGCGGUCAGUGCGAGGAUACCUUUAACAAGCUGUUCAUAAUGACUCGGCAUAAACUGACCAAUCAUACGAAGAAGAGGAAUGUGUGUAGGGAAUGUGGAAAGGUGUUUGGACAGAGAGUCUACCUAAUGCGUCACCUGAAUCGCGUCCACUGCUGCACCUUCCAGGGUUGCCAAUACGUGUCCUCCACCCAUUACUGCCUGAAGCGACACAAGGCUUUUGUUCACAAGGCUAAGAGUGCACUAAAAAUUUGCUACAUCUGCGGCCAAGAUUUCCUCACCCUCAUCGGCUACACCAACCAUAUGAAAGAGUCGCACAAUCGCACCCUGACUCCCAAGCAGCCCGCGCAACAGUCCAUGCAGUUUCGUCUGAAGAAGCUCGUCGGGGGUCUCCGAUUUAAGAUGCAGCCGUUCUACAUCAAGAGUGAACAGCAGGACAGGAAGCAGUGGAAGCACAAGUGUAAGCGCUGCGGAGGAAAGUUUCUCCUGUACACGAAGCUGUUGUGCCACAUGGACAUUCACAGCCAGAGGAAACGGUUCCCGUGUGUCAUGUGUCCCCGGCGUUUCAGAACCCCCAGUAUGAGAUACAUUCACUGCCAGCAAAUGCACGGUGCAAGGCGGCUGCCCUUCUCGUGCAAGCUGUGCGGCGCGGAGGCGCACACACCUGGUGCUUACUAUCUUCACAAAUGCACACACACCAACAGCAAGCCCCAUGCGUGCACGGUGUGUGCGCGACGGUUCAUGCAGCAGCGCACGUUGCUGACACACAUGGGAGUUCACCAAGGGGAGAAGCCCAUUGGCUGUAGUUACUGUAGCGAACGGUUUAAUAAUUCCAGCGACCAUAACACACAUGAAAUGGUGCACGAGAGAUUGGGUCACAGAAAACAAGAAAUGUUGGAAUAAAUCCUAGUAAGAUCAAGGAACAGAAUGCAAAAAUCUUUCAGAGCUGGUGCAUAAAAGUUUGGGGCUCAGAAAACAAGAAAUGUUGGUUAAACUGCCUUAAAAAAUUUUUGAAGCAAGAGACGGAAUUUCAAGAGUAACUGUUUGAAGGAUUUGAGCUCUUUGGAACUGAAUUUCUCCCCCACCCUUGCCACUUUCUCUCACUGUUUUAAUAAUGGCAACAUGCUGGUUGUCUGCACUUUGUAUCAUGGGCCACUUUGCCAUAGGCAAUAAGGGCAUAAUGACAUUUCCCUUGCCAUUCUGUUCUGGUCAAAGCUCAGCAGUGUGCUCUGGAUACCUUAAAGCAUAGACAAGUCCACCUUAACUCUUUCUUCUUUCAAACUAACGAAUUGUUAAGAUUGUGAAAAGAAGAAAAGAUGUCACCAAGCAUCUCCAGGUUACAAGGCACAGAGAAAAUGGUGAUUUUUAUUUUUUAUUUAUUUAUUUAUUUAUUUAUUUUUUUGCAUAGGUACAAAUGUUAGCAGUUAUGUGAAUAGAUUCUGAGCUCAUGGGAUAGAAUUAUUAUUUGCAGGAUAGGUGCAUGAUUUUUUAAGUUGAACAUCGAUUGAUUGAAAGAGGAUUAAUCUUGUUUUUCAUUUUCAUGGUAUAUGAAAUUGAUAUCUUUAUGGCUUAUGUACAUAUAAUUAGAGUUCUGUAGGCUGGAUAUAGUCUAGGUUUACUCUGGUAUAAGAUGGGUCUAAGCAGAAAUUGAUAAGAUUUUAUCAAUUUGUUCUGUCAAUUUAUAAUGGUAUGUCACAUAAAACAUUUAAUUGUAAUGUAUGUGUACGUACACUUAGAGCUGUAUUGAUUUUAGCUAUAUUAAAGUGUACUGUAGGGAUCCAGAGAAAAGUAUGAGAAAAUGUUAUUUGCUGUACUAUAAUGCUCAAUACAUAUUACUUUUAAAUUUACUUAUAACUUAGAGCAAUGAUUGAAGAAGAUAUUGGAAGAUGUAAAGAUAGAGGUAUAGUAUAGUAUAGUAAUAUGAAGUAUUUGCCCUAUUUGUUACAUAUUAUUAAUAAAGCAUAACAACUUAUGUGCUAAUAUAAUAUAAUUUAUAUAUAAUAUAUAAGUAUAUGGUCAUAUCAGUUCAUUUAAGGACACAACUGCUAUUGAAGUCCUAAACAAGCUCACAUUGCAAGAAUUUUCAAAAUUUCUGAAUAACCGAUAACACGGAAGUUCUUUUAUUUCUUGAAAGGAUGACUGGUUUCUUGUCAUGUAAAUAGCUUCGUUAAAAAAAAAAUAAAUUUCAUUUUUGAAAUAUGGAUUAUUUCUUUCAACGUUCCCAAGUGGAACUGGUGUAUGAAUAGAUUAACUAUUCUAGUUUAUCUCAUAAACACCCAAUGCCAUUGCUGUAUUGUUGUGUAGUUUAAAAGAAACACCGAUUAAAAGGGGUCUGCAAAAAGAAAAAAUAUAUUACUAGAUUAGUAGUAAAUAAUUGGAGGAUUCCUUUGUAUGUUCCCGUUGAAGGAAUAUCAUUGAAAAGAUUAUGAUGAGCUGACAUCUAUUAAUGCAUUAAAAUAAUUAGUUGGAUUACCAACAGCAUGAUAAAAUAGAAGAGCUGUACAUAUGUUUAUGCAAUAAUUUCAUAGUGGAAAAAUAUAGUUAUCAUAAAUAAAACCAAAAUGGCUGUCAAAAAUUAGACAGACUUUACAGUUAAACUUACACCUGUAAGGGGCCGUUCAGAAUGAAUAAGGUUGACCUAGCUGGUGUGACCCUAACUCCAUGGAGACUCUCGCUGAAUGCAGUCAGAUUAACAGACCAACAUGCUUCCCCCUGGCAUUGAGUAGAAUACAGAAAAGCUGGUGAUGAUAUGAGUGCUUUGGACGGAUGUAUGUUAUCACCAACUAGAUUAACCUAAUUCAUUCUGAAUGGCCUCUGAUAGUCUGUACGACAGCAUGUCAUUGAUAUAAUUGGGGGUUUUAGGCCCUUUUGGCAUCCAGCUGUAUAAAUUUGUCAUGAAAUUUUAAAACUGUUCAAUUUCUACACUGUAACUGAAAGCAUACCUCCACACGCGUGGGCUUAGCAGUCAUACUUCAAAGCCAAAAUUUAAUGCGUGUGGGCAUGAUUUCAAUUUGACAUCUAUAUUGCAUAGCCAUGUUCUCAUGUAUAAACUAAUAUGCUAAUAUGCUGUGCUCAUUGAAAUUAAUCAUUGUAAUAGAUAUUUAUGUCAUCUUACAUUGACUAAAGUUGUAAUAUUUAGCAAAAUUAGCAAUGAAUUACAUUAAUUUUAUGAAAAAGAUGUUAGAGUUAACAUCACUAUAGUAGUAAUUGAUUUUAUAUUACUUUUUUUUUUUUUUUUUUUUUUUUUUUUGAAUAGCAAAUGAUGCAAAAUGUAAAAGUGGUCACAAAAUAUUGAGCUUGAUUUAAGUCUCAUCUUAUAAGUUUAUUUUCAUGAUUAUUGAAUUGGUCAGAGAUUGACUUCUUGUUCUUGUCUAGGUCAAUUUAUGGCAAAAACCUGUAUAUUAUGCCACAUGUUAACUGCUAUAUUAUUAUCUAAUAGAUGAAUUAAAAUGGAGGCUGGAAAAGAAAUAUUCUUAGUGAACUGUGGAAAAGUUCUAUGAUCUAUAAUCUUUUACUUACUUGCUGGGACAACAAAAAGUGGAGUGAAGAGUAGAUAUUGUUUCACUUUGAUCAUAGAAAGGCGUUAUUGCAAUUGAAGCAUCGAAAUACAUUAGUAUUGAAUUUUGCUGUUUGGUUGAUUAUAAGGAAACCAUGUCACUAGGAGUUGCUUAAAAUAAACUGUAUCCUUGCUUCAAUAAAGAUCUUAUUGAAAAAAAAAAAGAACAAC